AUCAGCUGUGCGCCAUGGCUUGGGCAAACGGUUUAAUCAAAACAAUUAUAGAUAGAUCAAAUCAUUUCAUUUCAUGUGAUGUAGCUGUUGUCAUAGCCGAUAAAUAUCCAAAGGCACGUCACCACUACCUAGUGCUGCCCACGGAAGACAUUCCUAGCAUAUAUUCGUUGAAUAGAACGCAUUUGCCGCUGCUGGAGGAACUACAUUUGCUAGCCCUCAACAUAACUGAAGUGCGCGGUUUGCAAUGGGAUAAUUUUAAAGUUGUGUUCCAUGCUAAGCCCAGCAUGCAACGUGUGCACCUACAUGUCAUUUCAAAGGAUUUCAUAUCGGAUUGCUUGAAGACUAAAAAACACUGGAAUAGUUUCAAUACGGAUCUCUUUGUGCCGUACGAAACUAUUUAUAACCAGUUAAGUAAUGAUGGUUGCAUACAACGCUGGCCCAAAGAGGUGGUGGAUGAUCUGCUAGCCACGCCCUUAAAGUGUAAUCAAUGUUCUUUUGAAGCAAACAAUAUGCCCACGCUCAAGCAGCAUUUGCUUGAACAUUCCGAAUAAUAAACAAUUACCAAACAUACACAACU